CGUUGAUGCACGCCCUGGUGUUUGGUAACGUGACAGCCAUUAUUCAGAGGAUGUACUCUCGCUGGUCCCAGUACCACACCCGCACCAAGGACCUGAAGGACUUCAUCCGGGUCCACCACCUGCCCCAGGGCCUCAAACAGCGCAUGCUGGAGUACUUCCAGACCACAUGGUCCGUCAACAACGGCAUCGACUCCAACGAGGUGAGCAAUCUGAACACCCUGUGUGGGAGAGUGUUAUUACAGGUUUUUGUUCCAGCCCGACACUAUCACACCUGAUUCAACUAUCAAGGGCUUGAUGAUGAGAGUGUAGACAAUGAAGAAGUUUGGCUGAAAAUGUAUAAAAAAGAGAGAGGGGUGGUGAAAGAGAGAACAAGAGAGAAAGCGCGUGAGAGAUGGAUAAACUGAGCUACAAAGCAGGACAAAGAGAGAGACAGUGGCCCAUCAUGCCUCAUGAGCUGUUUGCUUUGAGACAGACAGCAGACACAUAACAGAGCAGAGCAUUCAGAUAGGGCAGGGAGAUGAAUCACAGAUGUAUGAAUUAUAGAUAGGCCUGUUGAUUAAAGUGGGCCUCUGUUGUCAUGAUGACUCAUUGAUAUGUUCUGUUCAGCACUUUUCUGCUAUUUGCUGAAACAGAGACUGACGGAUGUUGUGUGUCAGGGAUGAUUAGAUGUUGGAGAUGAAUGUCACAGUAAUGUAGCUGGUGUUUCCUGGUGGGAAUAAGUGUGUAGGCAGAGGUCUCAAUAUAGGGUCAAAGUAGGAGGGCUGAUCUAGGAUCAGGUUCACCUUGUCCAUUCAAUAUAAUAUGUAAGGAAAAACUGAUCCUAGAUGAGUAGAUAGUCAUACUUUGAGAUGCUUUAUGAAUACAGGUCGCUGGUGUGUGGUGCUGUUGUAUCAUUAUGCCUUCUUUCAAUAUGGUUUGUUUAAGAUACCCCCAGUUGUGCUGGGUCCAAAGUUCAACUCACUCCAUGCAGCACAACCUAAAGUCAGCACAACUUAUUGCAAACACUUGCAAUAUUUUCACCAAAGUGCCUUUAUUCAAAGUGGCCUUAGACAUGCUGAUUUGUGGUGACAUCAUCACUUUUAAAAUUGUAUUUAUUUAGCUGACCGUUUUUAACCUUUUUUAAAAUCAGGAAGUCCCUUGAGAUGAAUAAUCAAUUUUUUUGAGAGGGUCCUGACCAAGAUAGCAAUUUACGGGCAAAUGCAAUCGUGCCAUGUCUAACAAUCUCUCUGUCUCCAUCUCUCUCUCUCCCUCCCCCUUCCACCAUCACCCCUCUUAGCUGCUGAAGGACUUCCCAGACGAGCUGCGCUCUGACAUCACCAUGCACUUGAACAAGGAGAUCCUGGAGCUGUCACUGUUUGCCUCGGCCAGCAGAGGGUGCCUGCGCUCCCUGUCCCUGCAUAUCAAGACCACGUUCUGUGCCCCUGGGGAGUACCUGCUGCGCCAGGGGGACGCCCUGCAGGCCAUCUUCUUCGUCUGCUCCGGGUCCAUGGAGGUGCUGAAGGAUGGCAUGGUGCUGGCUAUACUGGGUGAGACAUGGUGCUGGCUAUACUGGGAGAAACAUGGAGAAGGGAGGGAGGGGAGAGACGGA